UUUUUGUUCCCUUGGUGUGUGUUGUUGAUUUUCCUUCCUCUUCCAGAGAUUCGAGCGAUUUUGCUGAAGAGAAAAAAAAAAUAAUAAAACAACAAAACACACACACAUACAUAUCUUUAUAAAGGGAAUCCCUCUUUUUCUCCUGGAUUUGUGGAUGCACCGAUGAGAGAUCCAGCCUUCCCAGGGACUGCCAUGGCUUACCACCCCUUCCACGCACCCCGGCCGGCUGACUUCCCCAUGUCCGCUUUCCUCGCAGCCGCCCAACCUUCAUUUUUCCCCGCUCUGGCUCUGCCUCCGGCGGCGCUGGCAAAGCCCAUGCCGGACCCCGGGCUGGCCGGGGCGGCCGAGGCCGGGCUGCACGUUUCGGCCCUGGGACAUCAUCACCAAGCCGCCCACCUCCGUUCCCUUAAGAGCCUGGAACCCGAGGAAGAAGUCGAAGACGACCCCAAAGUCACGCUAGAAGCCAAAGAGCUUUGGGACCAGUUUCACAAGCUGGGCACCGAGAUGGUGAUCACCAAAUCUGGGAGGAGGAUGUUCCCCCCGUUCAAGGUGCGGGUGAGCGGUCUGGACAAGAAGGCCAAGUACAUUUUGCUGAUGGAUAUAGUGGCGGCCGACGAUUGCCGGUACAAGUUCCACAAUUCCCGCUGGAUGGUCGCCGGCAAGGCUGACCCCGAGAUGCCCAAGCGCAUGUAUAUCCACCCGGACAGUCCGGCCACCGGCGAGCAGUGGAUGGCUAAACCUGUUGCCUUUCACAAGCUCAAGCUCACCAACAACAUCUCGGACAAACACGGCUUUACCAUCCUGAAUUCCAUGCACAAGUACCAGCCCAGGUUCCACAUAGUCCGGGCCAACGACAUCCUCAAGCUGCCCUACAGCACCUUCCGCACCUAUGUGUUCCCCGAGACUGACUUCAUCGCUGUCACUGCUUACCAGAACGACAAGAUCACCCAGCUGAAAAUCGAUAACAACCCUUUCGCCAAGGGCUUUCGGGACACUGGCAAUGGCCGGCGGGAGAAGAGGAAGCAGCUUUCGCUGCCGUCGCUGCGGAUGUACGAGGAGCCCUGCAAACCCGACCGUGACGGCGGAGAGUCAGAUGCCUCCUCCUGUGAGCCCUCGGCCGUGCGCGACACUCUCCACUCACCCGUGGGCACCCUCCCGAGCCCCCUGCGCCUCAAGGGCAGCAGCAGAGAGGAGAAGCCGGGGCCCGACAGCGAUGCGGAGGUGGAGAAGGUGCCUGAGGAGCGGCCAGUGGCGGUGGCCAGCCCCGGUGGGGAGGAUGUGACACCCCACAGCAGCCCCCGGUGCCCAGAGGAGAGGAGCAAGGACAGACACAGCCCAGAGAAAGUCAAGGAUGGUGUGUGUCCCCGGGAGGGUCCUGGGGAAGGCCUCUUUGGCACACGGGGCCUGGAGAAGGACAAAGUGGAAGGACGGAGGAAAGAGCAGGACUCUGGCAAGAAGGACGCAGAGGGCAGCGGGCUGGGCAAGGAGGCCUUUGCCCCGCUGAUGGUGCACACGGACAGCCCCCCUCACCUGAGUGCUGGGCACCUGCAGAGCCUGGCACUCUCUGGCCUCCAUGGGCAGCAGUUCUUCAGCCCCCUGGGUGCCGGGCAGCCCCUCUUCAUCCACCCGGGACAGUUCGCCAUGGCCCCCGGCGCCUUCUCUGCCAUGGGCAUGGGACACUUGCUAGCCUCGGUGACUGGUGGGGGCAGCCUGGAGAAUGGAGCCCUCUCAUCUGCACCAGGUGCAGCAGGGACAGCUGCUCCCUUCCCUUUCCACCUCUCCCAGCACAUGCUGGCCUCUCAGGGAAUCCCGAUGCCCACCUUCGGCGGACUCUUCCCCUACCCCUACACCUACAUGGCGGCGGCGGCAGCGGCUGCCUCGGCCAUGCCAGCCACCAGCGCAGCAGCCGCAGCAGCAGGGCCGCUCUCCCGCAACCCCUUCCUGAGCAGCAGCCGUCCCCGACUGCGCUUCAGCCCCUACCAGCUCCCAGUCACCAUCCCACCCAGCACCAACCUGCUGACCACCGGCCUGCCCACCAGCCUCAACCCCGGCUCCGAGGGCUCCAAGGCUGGCAGUAGCCGGGAAUCCAGCCCCCUCCCCGAGGUGCCCUUGCAUAAGGGGGGCAGCCAGCGUCCUGCUGCAUCCCCGAAGGGCUCCCUGAAGGAGUCCCUCAAUGAACUGCAGAACAUCCAGAGACUGGUGAGCGGGCUGGAGAGCCAGCGGGAGCUGUCACCGGGCAGGGAGUCCCCCAAGUGACGGAGGGGCCGGGCAGUGAGCCCUCCCGGCGGGGCGAGAAGCACUGGUAUUUUGUACAGCACAGUAUAAAUAUUUAUUGAGGAGAGAGGGGUGGGUGCAGAUGGGGAGCAGGGGGGCUGGAACAGAGGGAUGGAGCCCCGCUGGACCCACCGCCCCAGAGCCAGGAGUGAGAGGCGGGAGCGCAGGGCUUGCCCACCCCCCCCUCAGCUAUGGGGCUGGGAGUGGAUCCCUCCCAGUUCCAGCGCAGCGGCCGAGUCCUCCUGGCCCCUCUGCUCCCUUGCUCUGGGAAGUAGGCAGCUUUAGGAGGGGAGCACUGGGCAGCUCUGGAGAGAGGGGGGCAAAGAGCUGGCAAGGAGAGACCCGACAGACAGGGCAGCCCCAAACCCCCUAGCCCCAACCCCAGCGAGGUGAGCGGGGCCAAAACC